AUGGUCCGCUCCAAGUUCAAGGACGAGCACCCCUUUGACAAGCGUAAGGCUGAGGCCGAGCGUAUCCGCCAGAAGUACUCGGACCGCAUUCCUGUCAUCUGUGAGAAGGUCGAGAAGAGCGACAUCCCCACGAUCGACAAGAAGAAGUACCUCGUCCCGGCUCGCAUCAAGCUGUCUCCCGAGAAGGCGAUCUUCAUCUUUGUCGAUGACAUUCUCCCGCCGACGGCCGCCCUCAUGAGCGCCAUCUACGAGGAGCACAAGGACGAGGACGGUAAGCUUGCUCCAGCACAUGUCGACGGAUAG